GGGGUUAAAUAAUGAGGAGCACUUCAUCUCUACACGAACACGACGACUACACCUGUUAUCGCGUUGUUUACUCUGAUCUCACGCGUUGGUUUCCCUCAACAGCUUAAUAGCCUAACCAUAUCUCCUCCCGUAUAAAAUAAAGGAAAAAAGAAGUCGUAUCAGCCGAAACAGCUAUGAACUUUCGGGGAAUUGGAGCUGACAGGUCGACGACGUUGCAAACGAAAACCAUCGUCUCUAAGCAUUCACAUAGUCUUCGCUGAAUUUCUUCGGAAUUGUGCUUUUCCCAAUUUCGAAGUUGUGGGCUCUUCAAAUUUGAAUCGAGGCGCUCCAUAAUUCGGGUCUGGUACUGUAGGGAAUUAGGGUUUUUGAAGCUGGGGGUGCUUGGGGGGGGGGGUUCUAUGGUAUUUCUCUGAUAUGUUGAAAGCAGAGGAGAGUUCGAACUGGUCGGAGGAUUCCUUUGACGUGGAAAAUGGUUCUGAUAAUCUUUCAAUUGAUCUUGAUCAGUUAUAUGCCAUUCUUGAUGGAAGUCCAAACCAGCCACAUGGCAUUUCCGAGACCAAUGCAGGAAAUAUAUCAUCAAGGAAUGAUUUACAAGGAGAGUCAAGUUUUCUUGCUUACCACCAUGAGAAUGUGUCCCAGCCACAAAAUGGUAUCUAUGGGGUGGCACCUCCAAAAGGAGCUGAGGUACCAGGAUCUUUCAUGUUCUAUCCUUCAGAUUAUACACAAUUUUCAGAUUCUAGGACAAGCAUGGGCUCAGAGUGUUCGUUUGAGACUCCAGGAAGUUCUCAAAUGGUGUCUGAUCAUGUGAAGAUGGAAGAUCCACCACAGAUUGGCAAUCCUGUAUGCAGUUCUUUGAGUUUUAAUGACCAAUUAACUGUGCCAUUCUCAGAAUGUAACACUUGCCUUGAUCAGAGGGUUGGAAGCUCUGUAAAUCCUCCUGGUGCUUCACCUUACAUGGUGAUGGAAGAAGCAGGUUUGGCUUUUGGGAAGUAUAGUGCUAUAUGUGGAAAUAGCAUGGACAAUAUGGGAAAACUUGAAGAAAAUUCAUGUAAAUAUCCUGAGGAGGCAUAUUUUUUGGAUGUAGAUAUAGGUCAAUUUCAUACUAUACUCAAUAGCAGUCAGGUUGCUGAUAUCACAUGUGAAACUAGUCAUCAUUGUUCACCACUAACCUUUUGUACAGAUCCUAGUGCCUCUGAUGAUAAUGCUACUUUAGUAUGUUCUUCAAGGCAUUUCCUGUCUGAUUCUUCGGUUCUGCAAUUUAUGUCAACUGUGGGAGAACAAAUCCACACAAAAGAUGAAACAGAGGUUCACCUGCUUCCAACUCAUAAUAUAUGCCAAGGAAGUACGAUGACAACACAUGGAGGAAGAGCUGACACAUUUGUUCAAGAAGAAUCCAUAAUGGAUUAUGCUCAUAUAAAUAUGUCUCAGGGUAUGGGUUUUAAGUGUGAAGCUGGUUUGUAUCAUUCACCAAUUACUGGAUGCUCUUCUUCUGAUGCGAAAAAUGGAGCUUCUUCUGACAAUCAUUCAAGGCAAUCACUUCAUACUCUUCAAUCAUGCAAUGUAAGUGAGGAGGAGGUUUGCAUAAAGGAUGAAAGAGAGGAUGAGCUUCUUUCUUCUAAGAGCACACCUUAUGAUGUAAAGGUUCUUGAGCCUGUCCCCUAUGAUUAUCAUUCUCCAAUCAAUAGAAACUCUGAUGCUAGUGCUGGUGGUGAGCCUUCAAUUCAUAGUGGCUCAAGACAAUUGUUUUCUGAUAUUCAAUUAUUUACCUCAAGUAACAAGCAGACCAUAUUCAUGAAGGAAGAAAAAGAGAAUAUACUGCUUCCAUCUGGUAGCAUGAAUUGUCAUUCUGUAAAAGUCACUGGUGAAGUUGUCCACAAGAGUCUCUCAGGGCAUAGGGCCCAUGUUGAUGAUACUGAUGAUGCUGAUUUAUGUAUUCUUGAAGAUAUCAGUCAUCCUAUACAGCCAUAUACAUCAUUAGUGCAUGAAAAACCCCCUGUGACCACAACACAUUCUAUGAAUAGAAACUCUCUUUACCAUACAGGAAUUGUAAACACAUGGCAUAGAGCAAAUGAUGAGAGAUUAACCUUCAGGGUGGCGUUACAGGAUCUUGCUCAGCCUAAGUCAGAAGAUAAUCCACCAGAUGGUGUUUUGGCCGUCCCCCUUCUGAGACAUCAGCGAAUUGCAUUGUCAUGGAUGGUGAAAAAGGAAACAGAUAGCUCACCCUGCUCCGGAGGAAUUCUUGCUGAUGAUCAGGGAUUGGGAAAGACAAUAUCAACAAUUGCACUUAUACUGAAGGAAAGAUCUCCCUCCUCCAAGAUUAGUUCUGCAGUUGCAAAACAAGGGGAAUUGGAAGCUUUAGAUUUAGAUGAAGAUGAUGAUGGAGAUUCUGGUUUUGUUAAGAAGUCAGUGAAGAAUGAGAAUUCUUCCAUGAUCAUGAAGGGUAGACCAGCCGCUGGAACAUUGAUUGUAUGUCCUACCAGUGUCCUCCGGCAAUGGGCUGAAGAGCUGGAUAGUAAGGUCAGCAAGGAUGCUAAUCUCUCUUUUCUUGUAUACCAUGGAACCAAUCGAACAAAAGAUCCUUAUGAUCUGGCCAAGUAUGAUGUUGUGCUUACAACAUAUUCCAUUGUAAGCAUGGAGGUUCCAAAGCAGCCUCUUGUGGAUAAAGAUGAUGAUGAUAAAGGGAAGGAAGAAGCUCAAAGUCUGCCACCUAUGGGAUUGUCUUCCAGCAGAAAAAGAAAGUAUCCCCCUAGUUCUGAUAAGAAAAAUCGGAAGGAUAAAAAGGGAGUGGAUGGCACAUCACUUGAAUCUGUUUCUCGUCCUCUUGCAAGGGUUGGAUGGUUUAGGGUAGUAUUGGAUGAAGCACAGAGCAUUAAAAAUCACAGAACUCAAGUUGCAAGGGCAUGUUGGGGACUUCGAGCUAAAAGGAGGUGGUGCUUGUCAGGAACACCUAUCCAGAAUGCAGUUGAUGAUCUUUAUAGUUACUUCAGAUUCCUUAGAUAUGAUCCAUAUUCUGUUUACAAUUCAUUCUGCUCCAUGAUCAAGAUUCCGAUUAAUAAGAAUCCAGCACAUGGGUACAAAAAUCUACAAGCUGUUCUGAAGACCAUAAUGCUUCGUCGCACAAAAGGCACUAUUAUUGAUGGAAAACCAAUAAUUACUUUACCACCAAAAUCCAUAGAACUGAAGAAGGUAGAUUUUUCAAAAGAAGAACGAGACUUCUACUCCAAACUAGAGGCUGAUUCAUGUGCACAGUUCAAGGUUUAUGCAGCUGCAGGGACCAUCAAACAGAAUUAUGUUAAUAUUUUAUUGAUGCUUUUGCGCCUACGACAAGCUUGUGAUCACCCUCUUCUUGUUAAGAGUUAUGAUUCUAAUUCCGUUUGGUGUUCCUCUUUUGAGACUGCAAAGAAACUUACUAGGGAAAGGAAGAUUGAUCUUCUGAAUUGUCUGGAAGCCUGUUUGGCAAUCUGUGGCAUCUGCAAUGACUCACCUGAAGAUGCUGUUGUUACUAUCUGUGGCCAUGUUUUCUGCAACCAAUGCAUCUGUGAACAUCUAACAGGUGAUGAUAAUCUGUGCCCUUCAGUACACUGCAAAGCUCAACUCAGUGUAACCUCGGUGUUUUCUAGGGCCACCAUAAAAUGCUCACUCUCUGACCAGUCUAGUCAGGAUUGUUACAAUGAUCAUUCUACCUCUCAGCAUGUUCGGUGUUCAGAGUAUUUUUCCUCUGAUUCAUCCAAAGUCAAAGCUGCUCUUGAGGUCCUGAAGUCACUAUCUAAACCAUUAGAGUGUGCCUCAAUGGAUAAUGCUUUGAACUGUACUAAUGAGAUUACUAGCUGUUCAGAAGAUAGGUCUGAUUCUCAUUCAGGUUCUUCAUUUAAGGAUAUACCUGACAAAAGUAAAGUAGCGGAGAAAGCAAUUGUCUUCUCCCAAUGGACAAGGAUGUUGGAUUUGCUUGAAGCUCGUCUUAAAAGUUCUUCUAUACAAUACAGAAGACUUGAUGGGACAAUGUCAGUUGCUGCUAGGGACAAAGCUCUGAAGGAUUUUAACACCCUUCCAGAGGUUUCUGUUAUGAUUAUGUCUUUGAAAGCAGCAAGUCUUGGGUUGAACAUGGUAGCAGCAUGUCAUGUUCUCCUUCUGGACCUAUGGUGGAAUCCAACAACUGAAGAUCAAGCAAUUGAUAGAGCACAUCGAAUUGGGCAGACUCGUCCUGUCACCGUUUUAAGAUUAACUGUGAAAGAUACAGUUGAGGAUCGGAUAUUGGCUCUUCAGCAAAAAAAGAGAGAGAUGGUGGCAUCUGCAUUUGGAGAGGAUGUGACGGGCAGUCGCCAGAGUCGCCUUACAGUAGAGGACUUGAACUACCUGUUUAUGGUGUAACAUUGGAUGCUCUUUUGGCUACAAUUUUGUGAUUAUUGGAUUUACUGACAGACUCCUUUUUAGCUAGAAGCUCUCUCAAGACAUGGGCCUAGAAGGAAGAUUCUGAAUUUUGUGUAGAGUUUAGAUUUCAUUGCCUGCAGUUGAUCUAGAUGUUCUUCGACAUUUUUCCUUGGUGAAUUGAGGAGCUGUGAAUAGAGAAGUAUUGGCUAACAGUAGACUAAAAGAAGUAUUACAGAAGAAAGGUCAUUAACCAGCACAGAAUAUGUGAAUAGUUUCUAAAGAAUCUGCAUAGUUUAUUUUUAUUUUUUCUAUUAAGGAAUAUUCUUAAAUUGUUUUGUGAAGUGUAAAUCAGGGUUACAUCCAUAUUUCUUGAUGCAAUGAGAAGUUGGGUUUUCGAAAUGUCAUUGUAAGUAGUCCAUUUUUUUUUUCUAUUAAAAUUACAUUUUGUUGUUUACCUCUUUCAUUUACCGUACAGAUUUGUUGGAUGGAUUAGUAAUUCGACGCAUGCUUUACAGAUGUAUUAUAUUCUGAGUAGUUAUAAGAAAGGAUUGUGUAACUUGAUGUUAA